UCUCACGUUGACUCGGGCUGUAUUCUCGUUCAUUUCCGGAGGGCACGUCAGCGGACGAGUCGCAUAGAGAGAGAGUGCGCUGUCUCUUCAGGGGUUGGGACAUCCGAAGCUCCAUUCAUUCUAUCCUCCUAAAAAAGAUAGCCCCGAGCGCAAUGCUGCUGCAAUUUUGAAACAAAUACUAUUUACAAUUGUGUAAAUAUUGGAAACAUGACCCGGGCUCAUUGCAGAAGCAAUACGUUAGUUUGUGAUAGUAAUUUGGCUGGUUUGAGAAACGCCGAUCGUUGACUAAUGGUCCGGGACCUCUCUUCGCCGAUGGGGUAGCAGCUAGCUGGAUACGAAAACAGCGUCAACUCCGUGUUCAGUCAACUCCAUGAGCAAGGGACAGCCUGUCCAAGCCUUCUGUGGUGAAAAGGUUCAGCAACCAAGUGCUGAACUAGCCUAUUCGACUUCAACAAUCCUCCUGUUUGACUGAAUUAUGUACCAGGUGCAGCUGGUCGGUGAGCAGCAAGAGAGCCGCCCGCUGCUGAGCCCCUCCAUCGACGACUUCCUGUCAGAGAGCCGCAUCGAUGGCCCUGUGGUCCGGCCGGUCACCUCCAACACAGCAGUUCUAUCCUCAGCCCUUGACCUGGUGGACCUGAGCGAGCCCAGUGAACGCAGUAGCAGGAAGGUCAGCGUCAGGGAGCGUCCGAGCCCCUUGGGGCCCCAUAAGGGAAAUUCUAAAAACAGCCCACGGAGAGGGAAUAGACGAGAUGAGACAGAGCUCAUCCAGGUGGAGGUGAAGCGCGCAUCGAGCGCUCGCACCCCACGAGCACCCGAGAGGGUCUCCCUAGAGUCAGUCAGUUCCUCUUCUCCUUUGGAGAAAUGGGAGGAAGUGAAUCUUCACCCUGAAGGUGCCCUGAAUGACAGCAGGAAGAGACGAUACGAAAAUAAGUGCACCUCACACCACUCCUCCAGUGAAUUAAUAUGGUCAGCAGAGUUUAAAACAAAUCCAUCUGUGAAAAACUCAUUUGAAGUCAAUAGCAUUGAUGACGAGGACCACAUAUCAGCACUAAAGGACCCAGUACCCCAACAAGUGCGGCCCAGUCUCCGUCACCUCUUGGGCAGACAUCAUUCCCAGGAGGAGGAGUUUGUAAGGGCAAAGGCUGCUGUAGAGUCGGACACAGAGUUCUGGGAUAAGAUGCAGGCAGAAUGGGAGGAACUGGCUCGCAGGAAUUGGCUCGAGGAAGAAAAUGAAGGCCCGAUACCACCCAGCAGCUCUCCAAUUGAGAAGGGCUACUACUUUCACACCAACAACCCGUACAAAGAGUGGCCCAAUGCUUUUGAGGAAGGGCAGCAGAAGGCCAGAGAUGGAGACCUGAACAAUGCUGUCCUGCUACUGGAGGCGGCCAUUUUGCAGGACCCAUCGGACUCGGAGGCUUGGCAGGUUCUGGGCACCACACAGGCCGAGAAUGAGAAUGAGCAGGCAGCCAUCGUGUCACUCCAGAGGUGUCUAGACCUCCACCACAACAACUUGCCGGCCCUCAUGGCCCUGGCGGUGAGUUUGACCAACACAGGCAUGCAACAGGAUGCUUGCAAGGCCCUGCACCGAUGGAUCUGCCACAACCCCCGUUAUAAACACCUACUGCCAGGGAGCCGGAGCCCACUCCUGCAGGGGUCCCCCACCACACCACGUAGGGGUCGUCCCCAUACGCCAACCUCUUGCAGCCAGCUGGCGGAGGUCAAGGGAUUGUAUCAGGAGGCCGUCUUGCUGAAUACAGAUGGGGUGGACCCGGACCUCCAGACAGGCCUUGGGGUCCUGUUCAACCUCAGCUCCGAGUUUGACAAGGCUGUGGAGGCCUUCAAGUCAGCCCUGUCUGUCAGACCUGAGGACUACCUGCUGUGGAACCGCCUGGGGGCCACACUGGCUAAUGGGGACCAUAGUGAGGAGGCAGUGGAGGCAUACACCCGGGCCCUGGAGCUCCAGCCAGGCUUCAUCAGGUCCCGCUACAACCUGGGCAUCAGCUGCAUCAACCUGGGAGCGCACAAGGAGGCAGCUAGUAACUUCCUGACUGCCCUUAACCAGCAGAGGCAGAGCCAGAGUCACCAAGUCAUGUCGGCUAACAUCUGGGCUGCCCUUCGGAUCGCCCUCUCCAUGAUGGACCGGCCCGAGCUCUUCCAGGCUGCGAACCUUGGAGACCUGGACCGUCUCAUGAAGGCCUUCGAAAUGGGGCGGGUUAUGUGACCAGGUUUAGCGGGGCUCCUCAGAUAAACAGUUCGCUAAUUGGCUAGAGGGUUGCCAGAUUGGUGACCAAGAAUGGCUUCUGUUAAUGUAAAGCUAAAUUAAUGUCUGACAGAAGAGAGAUGAAUGUUAUUGAAGAUCAGAAAAAGAGGGGGGAUUGUAGAAUAAUGGAGGUGUUCUAGUAUUUGUAAUUCCAUUAUAGUGGAAAUAUUGGAAGACCUGAACCAACUUGGGAAAUAUACACACUCUUUUAAUUUAGACUGGCCUCCAGCAGCUGAAAUUAGGCUACAAUAACGCAGCCAUAGAUCAAACGUGGUCAUUUAUUCCCCAUUCGUUUUGGUAUGGCACUGUAUACAACUUCUGCUGUGUGGUCAUAUACCAUCUACUUUAAGUGGAUGGGAAGAUUGUUUGUAACCCGUUGAAACGGAUUUGCACCACUGCAAUGGGGUACUACUAUUUUUUUUUUAUCCCCGAAGAGCACAACGUUGACUGAGAAAAGGAAAGACAGAGUCUGCUGUAAAGUAGAGGAAAAACAAGCCAUGCAUGCCCGGCAAUCACAUUGUGAAAGAACUGAAGCCUUAUACUAAGUGAAAUGAUAUCAAAUGCACAAGUCGUAAUCACUUUUAUAGACAGCAGGUACUGAUGGUCAAAUUGUGUGUAAUAGUAUAGACUAGAGUCCUCUUGUGUAUAGUUUUUUGUCAUUUUGUACAUACCUGUAUUUAUUUGGAAUAUCACUUCCAUGCAAUGCUCCAAGUACAGUAUGUAAUAUAUGACUGGUUGACAGGUCCGAUAGGCCGGAAAGUAAAUAAGCUAAUUUGGACAUACACACACGUUUGUCGGUACACAGACUGCCUCUGGACGAACAAUCAUUGUACCAUUUGGUGUGUAUGUGUAUGUGUGUGUGUGUGUGUGUGUAGCUUGAUUUUAUUUCAACCACUCUACAGCAAUAAGUGUCGUGUUUUUCCACAAUGCCCACUUACUAUUCAAGUAGUAAGUACCCGCACACACCUGCUUGCGACACCUGUUCCAUCUGUUUUUUCAACAUCAGUCACAUGAAAGGAUGUCUGCCUCUCAUCUUUACUAACAUCUCAGUAGCAACUAGUGACGUUCAAACAGUGCUUUGUGAUCCAGGCUUCAAAGUGUGGCAACAACCACUGAAAAUGAAAUCCCUCUAAAGCAGCCUGUCAUGUUCAAAUGAGUGAUUAAGUCAACAGCGAGGAAAAUGCACUCAAAAGACCCGUUAGAACAAGUUAUGCAAGUCACCCGUUCGUUCAUUGGUUUUACGAAUCAGUGUUUGAUGAGAUAUGAUUUCAAGCAUAAGUCAUCUGCUUUUUAAGAAAUUCUGUUUUUGAGGAUAGAUUUUCCAGUUUACUCUUUCUUACCAGAAAAAAGUUGUGGUGUUUAAAGUGAAUAUUGGUUUACAACUGAAUUGGUAGUGGACAUGUGUGUUGAAUUGACAGUAAAUUCCCUAUGCAAUAUACAGUAUAUUUGUAUAACAGUGACUGUUGUCUCAUAUUUAGUUCAAUUAACCAAACUCAUUGUUUCUUUGGGAGUUUGAACUUCUGUCCACAUGCAAAGGCUAAAGACAUUACGAUUUGUUUUUUAAAGCAUAUGUGUUAGUGCCAGGCUGGAACAAAAGCCUGUUCUCUGGAAGUGGAUUUGGAGAACCCUGAUUUACACUAACCAAUUCCUUAGAAUUUACUUUGGGUCUUUUUACCUUCUCAGAUUCUCAAUAAGUUGAAUGUUGGCCAUGGAAUUUGAGAAUGUUGGCUUGUGUAAUGUAGUAUAAUAAUAUUUAUUGACAUUGUACAGUACAUACAAAUCAAAUGGCAAAGUUACUAAACAGUUUCCCCACUGUUUCUACAAUGUAAAUAGUGUGCACUGUAUAAAUUAAGUUACAGCCUAAUUCUAAAAUUGAUUAAAUAAAAACAAAAUGCUCAAUCUACACACAAUACCCCAUAUUUACAUUUUAGCAACUGUAUUAAAAAUAAACAGAAAUAACUUAUUUACACAAGUAUUCAGACCCUUUCCUAUGAGACUCAAAAUUGAGCUCAGGUGCAUCCUGUUUCCAUUGAUGAUCCUUGAGAUGUUUCUACAACUUGGAGUCCACCUAAGGAAAAUUCAGUUGAUUGGACAUGAUUUGGAAAGGCACACCUGUCUAUAUAAGGUCCCACAGUUGACAGAGCCAAAACCAAGCGAUGAGGUUGAAGGAAUUUGGGAAGGGUACCAAAAUAAUUCUGCGGCAUUGAAGGUCCCAAAAAACACAGUGGCCUCCAUCAUUCUUAAAUGGAAUAAGUUUGGAACCACCAAGGCUCUUCCUAGAGCUGGCAGCCCGGUCAAACUGACUAAUCGGGGAUAAGGGUCUUGGUCAGGGAGGUGACAAAGAACCCGAUGGUCACUCUGACAGAGCACUUGAGUUCCUCUGUGGUAGAAACUUCGAGGGACAACCAUCUCUGCAGCACUCCACCAAUCAGGCCACCAUCCCUACGGUGAAGCACGGUGGUGGAAGCAUCCUGCUGUGGUGAUGUUUUCCAGAGGCAGGGACUGGGAGACUAGUCAGGAUCGAGGCAAAGAUGAACGGAGCAAAGUACAGAGAGAUCCUUGAUGAAAACCUGCUCCAGAGGGCUCAGGACCUCAGACCCGGGCGAAGGUUCACAUUCCAAAAGGGCAGCGACCCUAAGCACACAGCCAAGACAACGCAGGAGUGGCAUCGGAACAAAUCUCUGAAUGUCCUUGAGUGGCCCAGCCAGAGCCUGGGCUUGAACCCAAUCAAACAUCUCUGGAGAGACCUGAAAAUAGCUGUGCAGCAACGCUCCCCAUAAAACCUGACAGAGCUUGAGAGGAUCUGCAGAGAAGAAUGGGAGAGACUCCCCAAAUAUAGGUGUGCCAAGCUUAAACCGUCAUACCAAAAAAGACUGCCAAAGCUGCAUCAACAAAAUACUGAGUAAAUUGUCUGAAUAUUUAUGUAAAUGUAAUAUUUCUGUAUUUUCUAAAAAAAAAAACACUUUUUUCUUUGUCGUUAUGGGGUAUUGUGUGUAGAUGGCUGAGAUAAAUAAAAAAAAUCAAUUUUAGAAUAAGGCUGUAACGUAACAAAAUGUGUAAAAAGUCAAGGGGUCUGAAUACUUUCUGAAGGCACUGUACAUAAAAAACAAAACCUAUCAAAAAUUGUAUUUACAGGAUAAUACCGAUAUAUAUUUAAUGCAUUUCUCUAAGAACAACUAUUACAUGUAUUAGCAACGGAAUAUAUUUUACUUACAAGCUACAGUUGAAAUGUCGCCUGUAACCACAAGCACUAAAACUCAAUCUGCACUUGCAUAUUUGUGAUUAAAGGAAUUGUUUGCCCAAAUUACAAAAUAAGUUAGUGUACUUGCAUGAUAAGAAAACAACUAUGAGCCAUCCAUUACUAUGGAUAAUAUUCUCUUCUGGUCAAUAGAAACAUCUGAUCAUCUAUCUUUGUAAUUUGCAGAACUAUCCCUUUAAGCCAACUUAAUUAAAAAUAGCUGUACUUAUCAAUAUGCAAUAUGUUUAGCAUGUAAACAUGUUGUGAAGUCAUAUCCUUUGUAAGCAUGUACCCAUCAUUAGUUGUCACUUAGCUUUUCCAAAUGUUCAUGCCACUGUAUAGCAUACAGUAUUCCUGUAAAGAAAAAUUAAACACGGAUUUAUUGUCAAUAUUCAAAUAAUAUUUUAGAAAUUAAAGUAUUGUUACAUAAGCUGAA